GACCAGAUUUAGCUGGCGGUUACUUCUUCAGCCUUGUCGUUCUGUGUAAGGAACCAAAAGUUCAUCAUAUUUGGUCAGUUUUGCUCUCAGUGGACACUCUUUUACAAUUUUUUCAUCUCUUCUCUUCUCUUCUCUUUUCUCUUCUUUUCUUUUAAAAUUCAGACAUAUAUUGAUAAUCGUACUUUUUGAAAUGGCAGACCAAGUUAACUCUUAUAAAACUACAUUCAAAGUCAAGUUUUUAGGUGACUAUCAUGACAUAGAUAUUGACUGGAGUGAUAAAUAUGGCUGGCAUCAGCAAAAACAACAACUGCUCGGACAGCUUCAGUCAAUAACUGGUGUACCAUGCAAGUAUGUUUAUGAGCUUCUUUUGCCGAUCCUCCGAGAACCGUUGCAGCAUGUGCAGCCCCGCGAUGAUCCAUAUCACUAUGCUAUUAGGAACCAGAUAAACUAUUGGAGCGCUGCUACCCAUAAGGAAGAAUUCUUUAGUGCCAUUCGUUAUGCCGAAAACAGUUUUCAUCUGGCUUAUGACGUUCAUUUUGAUUCGGUGAUUUCUAGGCGCUUUAUCAAUAUUCGUCUACGGUAUCGCCUAGUACCUGAAAGGAUGGUUCCAGAGGGAGUGUGCAGACAUGGUUUUUGUCAGCACCGGAAUACUAAAAGUAUCUUCAAUAGAAUCAAAGAUAUUAUUAAUAACGAUGAAUUUAAUGAAACAAUUUGGUCGCAAGUUUACCCAAUACGAGGACUGAGGACAAGACGAGGUGUUUACAGACAAUUCAAUGUAUUACAAUAUUCCUUUCUCAUUUGUGAUGAUGUCUAUUCGCGAUUCCCCAGUGAUGCAUACAGACUUAUUAACAGUGAGCCAAAAGUUUACCUGAGAGCUCGUGGUUGAUAAUAUCAACUUAAUGAAUGACCAUUUCAUCAAUUUCUCUCAGUAAACUUGUUUUCCAACAAAAACUAAUCUGAAUAAAAUUGAAACACUUACUAAUACUUUUCUUCCCAUUUAUCAAUCUUGAGCCUCCUUUUGACUCACUCUAUUAAGCUUAAAGCGACCAACUUUUCCGUAAGCCGAAUCACCUCUUGCGUGCAAACAGAAUGUUUAAGUUUCCGAAAUAAAUGUAAUUUUUGAUUGCUCAUAAGAUGUAAUAUCAGAAAAAUGUGUAAAUUGACAAAUCUGGCAAUGGUGUACAGUAACUGUCCGAAGUUGCAACUUUUACGUUUUUAGUAAAGCGUUAAUACAAAAUGAAA